AUGUCAGCACAAGACUUUUACAACGGCGGAGGAGGUCACCAACAAGGUGGCUAUCCUCAACAACAGCACGGCUACGGCCAACAGCAACCGCAAUAUCCGGGUCAGCCAAACUACGCUCAGCAACAAGGUGGUUAUCCAGCUCAGCCAAAUUACUCCUCUCCUUCCCCUCAACAUCAGGGCAACUAUCCCACACCUCAACACCAAGGCGGAUACCCCGGACAAUCUACCUACCCCUCCCAGCCAAACUACGGCGGUCCUUCACCCUCCCAUAGCCCGGUGCCCUACGGCCAACACAACGCUCCUUACCCAGGAGGACCCAGCCAACCUCAGUAUGGCGAUAACCGUCAACCCGGCCAACCAGGUUAUGACGCAAACGCACAAAUGGGACCGGAUGGCGAGAAGGGUUUAGGAUCAACACUGAUCGGUGGCGGAGCAGGCGCAUUCUUGGGACAUAAAGCCGGUGGAGGAGCGCUUGGAACGGUCAUCGGGACGGUUGUUGGUGCUAUUGGCGCAAAUGCGUUGAGUGACAAACACAAGAAGCACAAGAAGAAGUCGGGGGAGUAUCAACAUGGGAGUAGUUCAUAUGGUGGAAGCAGUUUUGGCGGUUCGAGUGCGGCGCUGGGUGGUCUUUAUCCCGGGAUGAAGAAGCAUAAGAAGGAGAAGAAACAUCACCGUUCGAAGUCUAGAGGUGGUGGAAGUUCGUCAUCUUCUUCGGAUAGCGAUUAA